AGAAGCAUCAACAAAAAUAUAUAAGAAAACUGACAGAAACCGAAAGUUUAACAACAAAAUUCAAAAGGCUUCCGGUUGAGCUCGAAACCGGAACUGGUUGCUAGCGGAUUCCCAAAAAAUACACGCACAGAGGAAAAAAAUGGCUCGCCUCUCAGCUCUGGGCCUUGCGGUGCUGUUCCAUUCGGUUCUGGGAAUAUCAUACUACCACUACUUCCGCCAGACACCCGCCGGAGUACCCCUGAUCGGAGCCUGGCUGUUCUCCGCCUGUAUAGUGGCUCUCCUUCAGGCCAUUCACAUAUUUCCCGCCUCGACGCCGGCCACUCAGCUGCGAGGCAGAAACCGCGGAGGCGGCGGUCCCCUUAAUCCGCCGGAAUCCUCGUGGGGUGCCCUCUUCCUGGAGGCUGGGAUCUGUUGCCUCGUCCUGGACAUCACCCUGACCAAGCUGUGGAGGCGCGUGGAGUCGUUGUGCCAGUGCGCCAUUGUGGGCGUCCUCCAAACGCUGGGCGUCGAGGAUCAGACCUUCUUGUUCUGCGAAUACUGGACCCUGGGCCUGACCACGGGCCUCAUUGGAGCCUGCCUGCUGUGGCUCACCCUCUGGGCCACCGCCCUGCCCCGCAAGGUGCACUGCGGCCUCCUCGACCUGCGACGCAACCUCUACCGCCGCGGCAUGGCCUUCAUCUUCGGUCCGCCCCUCAAGCACUCAACCCGCUCAGCCUAUUCCCACCUCCGUUCCACCCAGAGCUUCACCGCCUGACUAAAUUCGAAACGGAAGCGCCCAAUCCUACCCACUAUCCUGGCCACUACAUCUCCAAACAAGUAACACUUGAUAUGCAUAUCAGUUCGGCCCAAUCAAUAGCGAAAUUUAUGGGUUAAGUAA